AAAAAUAUUAAUGGCAAGACCUAAAGCAGAAAAGUUUGCUCUUAAACAGGGGAAGGGAGGGGUGAUGUUUGGGUGAGAGAGUAAAAGCGAAGUCUGUGGAUAUAAAUAAGAAGAACCGAGAAGUAGGAGCAAGCAAAGCUUCAAGAGGUAUGAUGCUACCUUGUUAUUAAUUUUCUUUCUUGUCUUUUAGGGAUAUUGCUCUUUAUAGGCCAUGGCUUUUGUGGAGACUGUGUUGCCCUCGGCUGGUAUCCUGAGGGGCUUCAACCACUUCCAGGAGAUACAAUCCGAAGUUUUCCAGUGGUGGAAGACAGAAGACUGCCCUGAAACUCCAUCUCUGGAGUUUUUAGAGUCGAACCAACCUGAGGGGGUCCAGCAAGUCAAGCAGGAGCAUGAGGAAGCCUAUUGGGACCUUGACUUUCUCCUAAGAAAUUUUUCUACCUCAGGGCAAAAUGCUGGACUUUCUCAAGUUGACCAAGAGGAACAGAACUCAGUGUCUGCUGUCUGUCAGACAGUGACCGUUCAGGAGGAAGUCAGAGAGAAACUCCCAGCAAGCCUCAAGGUUCCGGAGGUUCCUGGGCCCUCAAACUUGGAAGUCAAAUUCCUGCCAGGAGAGAACUCUGUGAACUGUGCCCCAGUCCUACCCAGUUAUUCCCAGGACAUAAUAGACCCCAAUAAGGGUCUAGUAUUUUCCAACAAUCAGUUGCCACACUUCUUUGCCCAGGGAGAUUGUGUGGCUCUUGCUGCAGCAGGGCAGCAGCCUGGGGAGCCCAGACAAAGAUCUCAUGGGCAGUAUUAUCAUUUAACCUGUGAAGCCUAUGUUCACCCAAGUCCUCCCUUGCUCAGCAAACAUGCUUCUUACAAUCAGCUUCCACCAGCUGCAGUGGCUUCCCAGCUGCCACACUGUGGUCUGCUGAAUGGUUACCACCCUUUCUCCCAUGGCCCAUACCAAGCUCGAGUUCAAAUGUACCAGACAGAUUCUGCUUUCCAUUCUCUGCCGCUCCUUGGUUUCCGGAAACCACCUUCACCUACCAGAGAAGUCACAGCCAGGCCAAAGAAGGGACACAAACAGUGGCCCCGCAAGCGGCCUGCUAGUCACAUCUGCAAUCAUCCCAACUGUGGGAAGACGUAUACCAAGAGCUCCCACCUCAAGGCUCAUCUUCGCACUCAUACAGGAGAGAAACCAUAUCACUGCACUUGGGAAGGAUGUGGUUGGAAAUUUGCCCGCUCAGAUGAGCUGACUCGCCAUUAUCGUAAACACACAGGACAGCGCCCAUUCAAGUGUCACCUCUGCCAGCGUGCUUUCUCCCGCUCAGACCACCUCUCUCUGCAUUUGAAGAGACAUGUGUGACGGAUAUGAAAAUUUUGGACUGCAGUGGAUGCUCUAACCCACAAGGGAACCUCGGAUCGUGGGACAGUGAUUGUGGGGUGAGGGGGUAUCUCUGCAUGUUUCCAUUUUCCACAAAGAAGGCACAGCUGCCCUUGUCCCUGGUGGUAUCAGCCAAGAGAAUGUAAUGGAGACUCAUUACCAGGUUGGACUCCCAGACUGAAGGCUUUUGGAAUCUCAGCUGUGUUGUUCUCCCCACCACCACCAAAAAGUCACUUAUAUGAUACCCACCUUUUGAAACCUAAAUUGGGUACUUUGCUUAUGUGUCUUUUUCUUCCCUUCCUACCAAACAGUGCUCAAGUUAUUUCCAAGGCCACGAAACUAUUGACUUCUAACACACGGGAGAACCUUUUAUAUUUUAUUGUCCUUGCAGUAAAAAGAGAUCACUGUUUUCCAUAUUCUAAAACAUUCCUAUAGAUGUGAUCUGCUUUGGUUUAAUGCCAGAGAUGCAGGGAGGGGAUCUAAGGCAGCAGUGGAACCACAGCAAUUGGUCUAGUGCAUUCUUGGAUGUAUUUUAUGAAUAAAUGAAAUCAGAAUAAGGGCUAGGGCCAUAGCUUCCAGUAUUAAAAUGAAUGCUCUGAAGUGCUCCCUUAUGUAUUUUGUGAAUGUUCUAAAGCCUCUUGGGCAGAUCCUGUAAAUGGAGCUUUAUCUUCUAUUAGGAUCAAAUGUUGAAGGAGUUGAUGGAAUAGUCCUCUCUCCUGGGCUUGCUAUCCUAAAAAAAAAAAAAA